GAGAGUAAAAGAGAGAGAGAGAGAGAGAGUGAGUAAGAGAGAGAGAUCCAACACCCUGAAGUUCUAGGAGCUAAAAGUAAAGUAAAGAAGGCAGCUGGAGUUUUUUGCUUGUGCAGGAGGAAGCAUCUGCUCGCCAUGCCGGUGUUCCACACCAAGACCAUAGAGAGCAUCCUGGAGCCCGUGGCCCAGCAGAUCUCUCACCUGGUCAUCAUGCACGAGGAGGGCGAGGUGGACGGGAAGGCGAUCCCGGAUCUGUGCGCUCCGGUGGCGGCUGUGCAGGCUGCAGUCAGUAACCUGGUCCGGGUCGGGAAGGAGACGGUGCAGACUACGGAGGAUGCCAUCAUGAAAAGAGACAUGCCUCCUGCAUUCAUAAAAGUGGAGAACGCGUGCACUAAGCUGGUCCAGGCGGCUCAGAUGCUGAAGGCCGACCCGUACUCUGUCCCGGCGCGGGAUUAUCUCAUCGAUGGCUCACGCGGCAUUUUAUCAGGAACCUCAGACCUGCUGCUCACCUUCGACGAGGCUGAGGUGCGUAAAAUCAUCCGUGUGUGUAAAGGCAUUCUGGAGUAUCUGACCGUCGCUGAAGUGGUGGAGAGCAUGGAGGAUCUGAUCACGUACACCAAGAACCUGGGACCAGGAAUGACGAAGAUGGCCAAGAUGAUUGACGAGCGACAGCAGGAGCUGACUCAUCAGGAGCACCGCGUCAUGCUCGUUAACUCCAUGAACACGGUGAAGGAGCUGCUGCCUGUCCUCAUCUCAGGAAUAAAGAUCUUUGUGACGACGAAGACGGCUCAGAGCGCAGGGAUAGAUGAGGCGGUGAAGAACAGGAACUUCACUGUGGAGAAGAUGAGCGCUGAGAUCAACGAGAUCAUCCGAGUGCUCCAGCUCACGUCCUGGGAUGAAGACGCCUGGGCCAGCAAGAAGGACACUGAGACGAUGAAGCGAGCUCUGGCUCUCAUCGACUCUAAAAUGGCCCAGGCAAAGAACUGGCUCAAGGACCCCAAUGCACAGCCUGGAGACGCUGGGGAACAGGCCGUCAGGCAGAUCCUGGAUGAAGCAGGGAAAGUGGGUGAACUGUGUGUGGGUAAUGAGAGGAAAGAGAUUCUGGACACAGCCAAAACCCUCGGACACCUGACUGACCAGGUGGCAGAUCUGCGCUCCAGGGGUUCCGGUACUAGUCCUGUAGCCAUUCAGAAAGCGCAGCAGGUUGCUCAGGGGCUGGAUGUGCUGUCUGGGAAAGUAGCGAACGCAGCAGAUAAACUGGAGGCCAUGACCAACGCCAAACACACACUCGCCAAGAAAGCAGAGGCAGCACAGGGCUGGCUAGCUGACCCCGCCUCCGGCCCUGAGGGGGAGGAGCAUGUGAAAGCCGUUCUCGCCGAGGCUCAGAACAUCGCAGCUCUGUGUGAGGAUCCGCGUGAAUAUGACGACAUUUUGCGCAAUGUGAACGAAAUCGCCGCUCUCACCAGCAAACUCUCACAACUUCGCAAAGCGGGUAAAGGCGAUACCCCCGAGGCUCGUGCCCUGGCUAAGCAGAUCUCCACAGCUCUGCAGAACCUGCAGUCUAAAACGAACCGCGCCGUAGCGAACACUCGGCCGGCCAAAGCAGCCGUUCACCUGGAGGGAAAGAUGGAGCAGGCGCAGCGCUGGAUAGACAAUCCCACCAUGGAGGAUGGAGGAGUGGGUCAAGCUGCGAUUCGUGGGCUGGUUGCCGAGGGGCGUCGCCUUGCCAACGUGUUACCUGGCUCCCAGAGGGCGGAGCUUAUGGGAAAGUGCGAGCAGGUGGAGCAGCUGAUGGGACAACUGGCUGAACUGAGCGCUCGUGGACAAGCUGAUACACCGCAAGCACAAGCACUCGCUCAGCAGCUCCAGCACGCACUGAAGGAUCUUAAAGGUAAAAUGCAGGAGGCCAUGACACAGGAAGUGUCCGACAUCUUCAGCGACACCACGACGCCAAUAAAGCUGCUGGCCGUGGCUGCGACCGCUCCACAGGGCACUCCCAACCGCGAGGAGGUGUUUGAGGAGCGAGCGGCGGGUUUCGAGACUCACGCCGCGAGGUUGGGGGCGACAGCAGAGAAAGCAGCUGCAGUGGGAACGGCCAAUCGCAGCACGGUGGAGGGAAUCCAUGCUGCCGUCAAGUCCGCCAGGGACCUCACGCCCCAGGUGGUUUCUGCUGCUCGCAUCAUGCUGAAGAACCCCGGGAACCAGGCUGCUCACGAGCACUUCGAGACCAUGAAGAACCAGUGGAUCGACAACGUUGAGAAAAUGACCACUCUGGUGGAUGAAGCAAUAGACACUAAGUCUCUGUUAGACGCAUCAGAGGAGGCCAUUAAACACGACCUGGAGAAGUGUCACGUAGCCAUGACCAAUCACCAGCCUCAGAUGCUGGUUGCCGGGGCGACGAGCAUAGCGCGCAGGGCCAAUCGCAUCGUGCUGGUGGCGAAGCGGGAAGUGGAAAACUCUGAGGAGCCCAAGUUCAGAGAGACGCUGCGGGAGGCGGCCAACGAGCUCAGCGCUUCUAUAUCACCCAUGGUGAUGGGGGCCAAGAGUGUGGCCAACAACAUACAGGACCCGACUCUACAGAAAGGCUUUAUGGACUCGGGUUACAGGAUUUUGGCGUCAGUAGCUAAAGUGCGUGAAGCGUUUCAGCCUCAGGAGCCUGAGUUCCCUCCUCCUCCUCCUCCAGACCUCCAGCAGCUCAGCAUUAAUGAUGAGGGCGCCCCCCCGAAGCCCCCCCUGCCUGAGGGUGAAGUCCCGCCCCCACGGCCGCCGCCUCCUGAGGAGAAAGAUGAGGAGUUUCCUGAGCAGAGAGCCGGAGAGAUGGUCAGCGAGCCCAUGAUGGUGGCGGCGCGGCAGCUCCACGACGAGGCGCGCAAGUGGUCCAGCAAGGGUAAUGACAUCAUCGGCGCGGCGAAGCGCAUGGCCCUGCUGAUGGCGGAAAUGUCUCGGCUGGUGCGAGGGGGCAGCGGAAACAAGCGCGCUCUCAUCCAGUGUGCUAAAGACAUCGCCAAGGCUUCGGACGAGGUGACACGGCUCGCUAAGGAAGUGGCUAAGCAGUGCACGGAUAAACGCAUCCGAACCAACCUGCUGCAGGUGUGUGAGCGCAUCCCGACCAUCAGCACCCAGCUGAAGAUUCUCUCCACGGUGAAGGCCACCAUGUUGGGACGUACCAACAUCAGCGAGGAGGAGUCUGAGCAGGCGACGGAGAUGUUGGUCCACAACGCUCAGAAUCUGAUGCAGUCGGUGAAGGAGACGGUGCGCGAGGCCGAGGCAGCGUCCAUCAAGAUCCGCACGGACGCCGGCUUCACGCUGCGCUGGGUCCGAAAGACCCCCUGGUACCAGUGAGGAGGAGGAAACACACACACACACACACACACACACUCACACACACUCACACACACACUCAGUCCCCCUCAGGUCCAAACCCAUCUGAUGAGCGACGGUUCCUCUUUCACUUCCUUUUCUAUCAUUUGUAAUAAAAUUGCAGUUUUUCACUGAGAUCUCGACUGUAUGUUUUUAUAUUUAAAUCAUUUAACGCUGAUUUUUUUCUUACUUUUUUCAAUGAUGGACCUGUUAUUGAAUUUUCUAAUGUGUCUGAAUGUUGUGAAGAUCAUCAGGAUGUUUUUUUUGUCAAGUUUGUGCCAAAAAACACAAAACAUGUGCUGAUAUAAACAUCCAUAAAAGCGUUAUUACGAUGAUUUAAUUACGUUUUCUUACGAUAUUAUCGCAAUAUUGAAUUUAAAAAGCACUACGUUUACUAGGAGCUUGGCAGCGUCUCUCCCUUUUUUUUUUUUUUUUUUUUUUUUUUUAAACUAUAUUUAAAGUUGCAGUUUGUAACAUUUAAACAUUUAUUCAAAGUAAAAUAAUUCAAUCUUUCAAAGAUAUUGAGAUAAAACUUUUUUUUUCCACGCAGUGAAUCUCUGAAAAGCUAGCUUUUUCAUUUCAGGCUUCUGUUUACAUUUUUUCUUCGUUUCUAGCUCCGCCCCCAGCUGAAACGAAUCUGCUUAGCUCCGCCCACUUUUCCUCGAAACAUUACAAAGACUGUACUUUUAAACGUUGCUUUAAGAGUCGUCGUGUUGUUUUUCAACUUACGAUGCCGCUGCAAAUUUGUCCUGAGAAAUAUAUUUCCAGAAAGAAUCGAGCAACGAUAUUAUUCGAUGUUAUCGUUCAUGAUGAUAUAAUAUUGUGUUAGUUAUUGAAAUAUAUUGUAUUAUUGGUUUAAUAUCGUUAUAUAAUAUAUUGCAAAUAUAAAAAACACACACAAUAUCAUGAAUGUUCUCAGUAAGGGAUAAGAUUUUAAUGUCUGUGUCCCAAACCGAUUAUUAAAAUAGCAAACUAGUGUGUCUACAUGGCUGUGUCCCAAAAUGCAUACUACUUACUUACUGUAACUAUGGUAACCGUAGUGUGUGUGUGUGUGUGUGUGUGUGUGUGUGUGUUCAGUUAUGAUACUAUCUAGUAGGUUAGUAUGUGGUAUUUGGGACGCAGCCAAAUUGUUUUUUUUUUUUAGAAAGCUAAUUAAAAGUAUUAAAUAUGUUACUAAUAUUUACAUUUUCACAUCACUGUAAUUUUUUCCAUUUAAAAAUUUAUUACGUUUAAUGUUAUGGAAUUUCACAGAGCGCAACAGAUCGUAGUUAAAUAUCGUGAUGUAUCGUACGGCUGAUUAUCGACACGUGCCUGAGGUUAGUUAGACGUCGGAAUAUUUCGCGCUGAUUUAUGGAAUUAUGGGAACAGAGCGACGGGGAUUUUAUCUCCUGUGCAAAAGUGGCAUUUUAUUUGUUUUCUUUGGAUUGUUAUUUUUUUUAUUCUUAUAUUUGAGGUAUUAUUUUUAAACUAAACGGCUUUAAUCGUAACUCUAAUAAGCCUUUGGCUUGGUGCUUUAAUAGAGUAUUUAACACACACACACACACACACACACGCGCUGUUGAUCCUCCUACACGCUCACUGAGCUGAACACACUAAUGAACACACUCGUGUGUGUGUGUGAGAGAGUUUAUAAAGAGUCUAUGCAUUUCUCUUUAUGGUGAUGUUUCUGUUUGUUCUGUCGUUUUUCUGAUUAUGAACAGUGUGAAUGUAAAUAAGAUCAGUGUGUGAUGUACCGCUCGCUCACGUGCCUUAUAUUAAACCAACACAACACUUCUCAACA